UAGCUUACUUCUAUGCUUGCAAUAGGUACAUUAUUAAAAAUUGGUAGUAUGUCAUAUAAAUCAAGUCAAAUGACAAUCAAAAGUCAAAAGCACAUGCGAAAUGUGAAUGAAACACAUGAAACGAGAGAGAAGUUUAUUCAUUGAAUUUAGAAAUAUUAUGUUAAAUAAUUUUAAUAUCAAAGAAAUAACUUAAUUUACAUUUACGUAAGAUGGGAAAAUCUAGACAUAAUGCGAAGGCGCGGCAAGUCGUCAAAACCAACAUUGAUAACACAGAGACUCAUGGGAUACAAAUUGAAUUUUCUACAAACGAAUAUGGAGCAUCGGACCCUAGCAAUCUUCUUGUCCUACCAUCAAAAAAAAGACAGACUAAGGUUAUAUCAGAGAAGAAAGAAAAAGCAAGAUUUUUAUCUAAAGCUCAGAGGAAGCAAUUAGAAAAAAUUGUUGACAAGAAAAAAAAGAAGGAGAAUAGAUCAGCACUUCUAGAGUCUUUAUCACGAGUGCAAGCAUCUCCCUCAGAGGUGCAACAGAUGACUGCCAUAUCAGCUGUUCAGACCAUUGGCCUGAGAAAGUUGAAUGAGUUCAACCUCGAAGCUAAAGUGGAGGCUCAGGAACCAGCACAAAAUAAGAAAUUUAGCAGCAUUGCUGGAGCCAAAAAGCGCCUACGCCUUCUUAAAAUGGACAAUGCAGGGAAAACGAAAAAGAACAAAUAUGAUCCCAAUGUAGUAGGUCUUGAUGAAACCUCCAGUGAAGAAGGCAGUUCUGAAACUGAUGAUGAAUUAGAAGUUGUACAAAAUGGCCAUGAAAAUUCAAUUCACAAUAGUAUUAACAAAGAAAAUAAUGUAAAUAUAAAUAUAGAAGAAAUUUAUGAAGAGAAAGAGACAGUAGUAUCUCAACAAAAAGAGAAAGAAUUACUGGAAAUUCCUAAAGAAGAUGUGAAGGUAGAAAAAAAGAAACCAUUGUUGGAACAUACUACAGUUCACAUAGAAGUUAAAAGAGACCCUAAAGUGCAAGUGGCAAGGUUGAAAUUGCCUAUAUUGGGAGAGGAGCAAAGGAUCAUGGAGUUGGUUAAUGAAAAUGAACUCUUGCUUGUGUCUGGUGAAACUGGUAGUGGAAAAACUACUCAAAUACCCCAAUUUCUCUACGAGGCUGGUUAUGCUGAGCAGAAAAUGAUAGCGAUAACUGAGCCGCGUAGGGUGGCUACUGUGGCAAUGGCGGCCCGAGUGGGCUAUGAGUUGGGGCUUUCAAGCAAGGAGGUGUCCUAUUUGAUGCGGUUCGAGGGAAACGUCACUAAGGAUACCAAGAUUAAGUUUAUGACUGACGGUGUUCUCCUAAAAGAGAUUCAGUCAGAUUUCCUCCUAAGCAAAUACUCUGUGGUGAUCAUAGAUGAAGCCCACGAAAGGAGUGUGUACACUGAUAUUCUCCUAGGUUUAUUAUCUAGAAUAGUGCCCCUGCGCAGGAAAAGAGGGAACCCUUUAAGGCUAAUCAUCAUGUCUGCCACAUUAAGGCUGCAAGAUUUUACUGAAAAUAGUAGAUUGUUUAAGGAGCCACCGCCAGUUGUCAAAAUAGACUCUAGACAGUUCCCGGUGACUGUGCAUUUCAACAAACACACGAACAGCGACUACUUGAAGGAAGCGUACACGAAGACUGUCAAAAUACACACGAGGUUGCCCGAAGGUGGCAUCCUCAUAUUUGUUACUGGACAACAAGAGGUUCAUUACCUGGUGCGCAAACUUCGCUCGUCAUUCCCGUACCGCAAGGACGUGGACUACUCCAAGCUGAUCGUGAAGAGGCAGCCGGUGGCCGACGCGGACGCCGCCUUCUCUGAACCCGAGGACAUUGAGUCUGAUGAUGAUGAGGUAGAAAAAGAAAUGAAGCGCAUAAGAAAAGCGCGCAAGAAAGCAAAGUUAAAGUCCAAAGUUCUGCCGAAGAUAAACUUGGACGAUUAUGACAUGCCAGAUGACGAUGGUCAAGCCGAUUUGGUUGAUGAUGAAGACAGCGAUGGACACCUCAGUGAUUCCGAUGCGGAAGAAGACAAUUUAACGGCGUCCAUAAAAUCCUGCCGCCAACCUCUAUGGGUCCUACCAUUGUAUUCCAUGUUGAGUUCGAGUAAGCAGUCCCGUGUGUUCGACGCCGUGCCCGCGGGCGCGAGGCUCUGCGUCGUUAGUACUGAUGUCGCCGAGACGUCGCUCACGAUACCGCAUGUGAAGUAUGUGGUUGAUUGCGGCAAGAAGAAAAUGCGCGUGUACGACCACGUGACGGGCGCGAGCGCGUGGCGCGUGGUGUGGACGUCGCAGGCCAGCGCGGAGCAGCGCGCGGGGCGCGCGGGGCGCGGGGGCGCGGGGCACGUGUACCGCCUCUACAGCAGCGCCGUGCUGCAGCACGACUGUCCGCCGCGCCAUGCGCCCGACCUCUGUCGUCGGCCCGUCGACGAUCUGGUGCUCAUGAUGAAGUGCAUGGGCAUCGAUAAAGUGGUAAACUUCCCAUUCCCUACGGCGCCCGACAGGCUACUGCUGCGAUUGGCUGAGAAACGUCUAGAAACUCUAGGCAUUCUAGAGAAACACGAAGACAAGAAGAAGAAGAUCGAUGAUGAAGACGUCUUAAAAGUAACUCCGCUAGGAAAGGCAGUGUCGGCAUUCCCGUUGCUACCGCGAUAUGGCAAGAUGUUAGCGCUCAGUCACCAACAGAAUCUCCUGCCCUAUACAGUCGCCCUGGUGGCCGCACUCACUGUGCCUGAGAUAAUGAGUGGCAACUCGUCCAGUUGGCCGGCGACUGGCCACACUCUGUUGCUGGGCGACCCCGGCGUGUUGCUGCGAGUGGUGGGCGCUGCGGAGCACGCGCACUUUAGGGGGGAGGAGGAGUUGUUUUGUGCUAAAUACGGACUAAGAGAGAAAGCCAUAAAAGAAAUCCGCAAAAUCCGUAAACAGCUGACCUCGGAAAUAAACCUAAGCGUGGCCGGAGUAGACGCGGCCAUAGACCCUGAGAUGAAACCGCCCACAGACAAUCAAGCCAGAUUGCUGAGGCAGCUUGUUUUGAGUGGUUUGGGAGACCAAGUCGGCAGGAAGAUAGCCUUAGAUGAAGUCAAACAAGGCGAAGACAAGCGCAAAUUUAAAUACGCUUACCACUGCGGCGAACUGGAGGAACCAGUUCACCUCCACUCUUCAUCCAUACUCCGGAAGACUAUUCCUGAAUGGGUGGUGUACCAGGAGUUAUAUGAGACAGGGGCCGACGAUCGCAGGAAGAUGGUCAUGAGGAAUGUCACUGCUAUCGAACCAGAAUGGCUGCCAGUCUAUGUGCCACAGCUGUGUAACUUAGGUGAGCCGCUAUCAGAUCCGCCACCGCGUUAUGACGACAAAUCCGGCAGAGUGAAAUGCCACUUCCAGGGCUCGUUCGGGAAGGCCGGCUGGGAAUUGCCCACCGUGGAGAUUGAUUACCCUGAUAAAAUGGAGCGGUAUAGAUGGUUUGCACGUUUCCUGCUAGAAGGCGCAGUGUUCCCCAAACUGCGUAAAUACGCGAGUUCACUCCUUUCUCCACCAUCGACCAUGGUCAAAAGUUGGUCUAAGUUACAACCGAGGACGGAAAUAUUGCUGAAGGCAUUGAUAAUGAAGAGAGCCGGCACUAGAGAUGCGAUGAAGAAAGUUUGGGAGGACCAGCCAACUUACCUGCUGGACGAAUAUUUGAAAUGGCUACCGGAGUCUGCACACAAUGAAGCGACAUUAUAUUGGCCUCCAUUGUGAAUUGACGUUUAAAAAAAAUAUUUGUAAUAUAUGUAAAUAAAAUGUAUUUACCUUA